AUGUCCAGCUCGAUGGGACCCCGGCCGCUGACUUCGGCCUACGAGAGCCCGACAUUUGAUGAAGACAGCUCUUUCCAUGUGGAACAACCGGUCGGGUCGAUGUCCAUAUCCCCGUGCGGGCGAGAUGUGGUGCUAGCAUCGAAGGAGGGUCUCCAUGUCAUCGACUUGGAUUCCCCAUAUUCUCCACCUCGUUAUCUCCCACACCAUACGCCAUGGGAGGUGGCGGACGUGCAAUGGUCGCCAUUCGCGGCACGCGAUUACUGGGUCGUAAGUACAUCCAACCAGAAAGCGCUAGUGUGGAAUCUAGCUAUGAAGACAUGGCAGAAUUCCAUUGAAUUCGUGCUGCAUGCCCACUCGCGCGCAAUCACCGAUAUCAAUUUCAACGCAUUCCAUCCUGAUAUUCUGGCAACUUGCGCUGUGGAUAGUUUCGUGCACUGUUGGGAUUUGCGCACGCCGUCACGUCCGGUGAUUUCGUUCUCCGACUGGUUUACCGGUGCAACCCAGGUCAAGUGGAAUCGACAAGAUCCUCAUGUUGUUGCUAGCUCGCAUGAUCGCUUUCUUCGAAUCUGGGAUGAUCGCAUGGGUGCGUAUCCAAUUCGAUCCAUCGAAGCCCACGAUACCAAGAUCUAUGGUGUUGAUUGGAACCGGGUCCGACGAGGCGCCGUGGCAACCUGUUCACUCGACAAGACCAUCAAGUUCUGGGACUAUACUUCGGACACCGAGAUUCCCGAGAAAUUGAUCCGAACACCAUUUCCCGUGUGGCGAGCCAGAAACACGCCAUUUGGCUGGGGAGUUUUGGCCAUGCCACAGAGAGGGAACAGCGAUUUACAUCUCUAUAGCCGAAGAGCUGGUGAUGGUUCCAACCCAGACGAUGACCUGCCUUUAGUUCACAGUUUCCCUGGCCACAAAGGUCAAGUGAAAGAGUUCCUUUGGAGAGCACGCGGAGGUGUCGAUGACGGAGUCGACCACCGGGACUUCCAGUUAGUAACAUGGGGAACUGACAGAGAACUUCGUCUGCACCGUGUAGACCCACAGAUUUUGAAGGGCGUUGGUUACGAAAAGGGGAAGUCUUAUAUUUCUACUCGAACUGUGACUCGCCUGGGUGCGGUCUAUCGAAGCUUCAGAGAUGUAAACUCCGAUCUAGACUUGGAGGACAUUGAAUCAGUGUCUUCGGUCAACCGCCACAAAUCAAGCACUAGUUACCCCGGCGGGCCGGGGAUGAAUGCUAUUUCGAUUCCCCAUGCUCGCGCAUGGACCAAGAGCGGUCAUCAUGAGAAUGGCGUGGGCAUGCAGCCCCGGUCAAAUUUGAGAGCCGAUACCAAUCCAAUCUCCUGGAUGCGGGGCGUCAAGAUCUCUGGAUGGGAUAUUGAAACCCUGGGAGAUGAAAUUAGUCACGUUGGCGAGAAAUUCACCAAGGUCGCUUUCGACUCAGUUGACGUGCGGCAGCGGAAAAUCUCAAUAUCCUUGAAUGGCCCUUGGGGUGCAGAUGGCACCACAUUGUUCCUCAAGGUUGACAUCAAGUUCCCGGUCAGCUAUCCAAAGACCUCGAUCCCAACAUUCUCGUUUCAGAAGACAGCGGCUGUCACCGAUGAUCUGACGGCGAAAAUCACGGCCGAACUUCGGACAAUUGCCGAAACUUAUAUGUCCCGGAAACGUGGCUGCUUGGAAGGUGUCGUGCGCUAUCUCCUGGGCGAAAGCAAUUUGGAAGAUAGUAUUGCAUGGAUUCUAGGCGAAACUGGCGACCAUGUCAAAUCACCGGUCAAUGGUGAUAUCGAGGGCGAGUCAAGUGACGAAGAUGAAGUCGGUAUGACCCAGAGUCAAGAAUUGGGAAUGAGCUCCGAGCUACUCAGACCAGUCAAUGCCAAUGUAAUGGUGCCAGUGGCCAAGGGAUGCGGUGCGCUCUGGGCAAAUGACGGGCGUCUUGUGUGCUUCUUCCCGCCGAAGAAGGACAAGUCUACAGCCCUCUUCGACAACAUCGGAUUCAAGGAAAUGAGCAGAUUGUCGAGAACUGACAAAGUCUUUGAAGGCUUCGGCCGCCUGCAGACCAGCUCCCCGGGGCCGCGUAUGAACGGUACAAUCGCGAGCACAGAUGACGGCGCAUCCGAUUACUCUGACGAUUCAUACUCCGAGACGUCCAGUUCUUCAGGCUCGUCGGCCGAUAUCCUCUCCGGGCUUCCCGCUCGUUUCCAGCCGCCGCAGACAUGGCGUAGCGCUGGCAGUGUCGGCAUCUAUCGCCCCCGGUCUACGGAUCAUUCCCAGCGCUCGACUGGCGGGGCUGUCACAGCUAAAUCAGCCGACAUCACCAGAAACGUGGUUUCUAUCCAUGACAUGAGUGACAUGCUACCAGUGAAGCGUGGUCUUGCCAGCAAAUAUCGCAUUUGCGGGAAAGGAACCGAUGUUUGUGCUCAUAAUGCUGCCGUUGCUCUCGACGCUGGAUGCUACGAAUUGGCUCAAAUAUGGGGCCUCAUCAAACUCAUUCUGCAUGUUCGAAGGAAACCUAGCUCUCCGUCUCAAGCAAGGAGGGGACUGAAGCUGUUGUCGAGAGAAGAAGGCCUCAAUUCGAGCCAAGUCCUUGGAGUCGGACUCUACAAGGACAUAGCUGGUAGUAUUAUUCGAUGGGGAGAUCAUCCCCUCGGUAGCCACUGGCUUGUACCUGCUCUCUUCGAGCAUUUUGAACGCAUCGGUGAUGUUCAGAUGAUUGCAAUGCUCUCUUGCGUGCUCCUGGAAGCCAAUCACGAAGGACGGCCAGAGAAACUGCAAGAAAUUCGUUCCGAGCAACGGGCUUUCUCGCUUGAAGUUUCGUCAGUUGCGUCGACCGUCCAGAACAAACCGCAAUCGCAACCAACGUCACAGUCACAAUCGCAGCUCACGACGCCCGCCUCAUCUGUUCCAAGGGAUCCCAACUCUUUGCCCUAUGCGUCGGCGCGCUCAUCGAGUGAAAUCUGGCGCAUCGAUUCCACACCUCCACAUUCAACUGGAACAACGCCGCCGAUCACAACUCGCCCACGAGGCAUUACAGCUAAUCGGAAGGCUACGAGCCACAAUAUGUCCAUGACGGCUUCCCCUGAACAGCAAUCCCAAGCGCGUAGUGGCGGAUCUGGCUUUGGGUCGGUUCUAGCAUCUUCAUUGUCUCGCUCAUUCACAUUUGGACCUUCUUCUGCAUCGCCUCCGGCAAGUGCAUUGGUCAGGAAGAAAGUAAGUCCCGCCGAUAGCCCGAGCGUGGGAACGAUGCAACCGCCUGUUUCAGACACCGAGAGCGAUCAGCCUGUCAAAGCUACAAAGACCACAUCGAGAUUCAAGGUCACUUUUAAGAAUCAGAGUGCAUUUGAUGGCGAUGAAACGGCGCCGGACUCUCUUCUCGACCGAGACAAGGAAUGGCUCUGGCGGUCAUAUCGCGGCGCGUAUGCCGAUCUUCUAUCAAUUUGGGAGCUUCCCGUGCAGCAGAGCGAAGUCCUCAAGAUCGGGGCUGUGGCCGAGGUUGCGGAGGACAUGCUUUCAAGUCAAUACUGGAGUAGUCACAGCCACGGCUCUAAGGCGACGGCACUCCCAGAACCUACUACACCUGGAGAAGCUGGGUCAGGCAUCGAAAGCCUUGAUUUCCAGCGCCACUGCGCUAAUUGUGGACAUGCUCUUCAUACGUCAAUAUUUGCACCAGCCCCCACGGUCGCCGACCCUCCAUCAAAGAACCAUAGCCUCUCUUUUUCGUCCCGUCGUUGCCCCAACUGCAAUCCCCGGCAACCGUUGCCCACCAGGCUUCCCUGCGUUAUCUGCGGUGAAGUGGUCAACGGAAUGUUGAUUCCCUGUCUUAGCUGCGGGCAUGUAUGCUGCUUUGACUGCCACCGACGCUGGUUCCUCCGAUCGGGCGAUCAAUUCGACCACCCGUUCGAUGUGGCUGAUCUGGCCAAUACCCUUCCAUGCUGCCCGACCGGGUGUGGAUGUAACUGCUCUAAGCAUAUCUCUGUGGAAGUACGCAUGCCGCCAUGGGAAUCGCCCCCUUCACACAUUAAACCCCAGAUCCUCAAAAGCCCCCAUCGGAGCUACUCACAAGAAAAACGUCACCGCCGGCGCCAAUCGGAACCUGUUGGCCCUGACUCAGGCCGCGGUAGUCGGAGCGGAACAGGAGGUACGAACACACCCAAGACUGGGGUUGGCCAGAACGAAGACGACUUGGUUAUGUGGCAGACAACUUCCCCCUUUGCGUCUCUUGCGCGGGCAUGGGCGGCGGCCUGA